AUGAGAAGGCCCACUAGGGUCGUGAUAUCUGAUGAGCCCUCUCGAGUUAAUAUUUUAAAACGAGCCUCAGUUUCAACUACUCAGUCGGCACACCAGUCACAUAAUGCCUCUACUCAUGUGGCUCCACAAUCUGGUUAUACUAUAUCUACACCCACUGUGGUACCUAGUUCGGGGUAUCAAACUUUGCAGGGCUAUUCACAUCUUGGUCGUGGGUCUACCAUACCAUCAUCUAGUGCUAGUCAGUGCAAUAGUUUGAAUACUAGUAAUGGAUCAAUUGGACUUUCCAAUCUUCAUCUCGAAUCCAAUGGCUCGGAGCCUAAUACUCCUACCACCCAACACUCAGAUGCACAUGGUCCUCAGCCAGGCGAUAGAGACAAUUUUCGGAGACUCAUCAUCGAGCCAUUAGGAUACAACUUACGUCCGGAUGUGGGUAUGACAAAGAUUAUUUUAAAGUGCAUCGGAACUCACUAUAAUGGUGUGUAUCCGAAUUGGAGUUCGAUUCCACUUGACACCCAAGGGCAGAUGUUCAAUGAAUUUAAGAAAUAUUAUGUAUGGGCUCCCGAACACGAGGAUGACAUUCAAGUGAACUUCAAGCUUAAAGCUUCAAAGUUGCUUUCUAGCACAUUUUGUGAUUGUCGGAGAGAAAACAUAAUGCCUAAGUUUAUGUUACCGGAUCGAUGGGCUCUGUUACUGAAACAUUGGAGUACUGAUGAAAAAUUUAAAAAGAGGAGUGAGAUUGGGAAGAUGGCUCGUGCAUCAGAAAGGGAGGCUCUUUGCACACUGGAAAAAGAGUUGGGUAGGCUGGUAGCUGUAGCAGAGAUGUUCAAGGUUACUCACGUCAAGAAGAGUGCGAACCCCACAGAAAAAGAAAGAUGGAUUGAGCCACGUGCUCAAGAUACAUAUGAAUAUCGUAGUACUCUACCUCUUGAGAGUCGGGACAGACCAUUUACACAAGAAAAAAACAAGAAUCUUUGGAAACAGAGUGCUGGUGAACCGAUUAGAGGUUCAAUCUACGGCUAUCCAAAAAAGGCGUAUCAGGAGAAGAAGUCUUGGUAUUGUGGUUCAUCAUCCUCAAGCUUUGAUGGCGGGGAUAGAGAGACAAUAUCUGCAAUGGAGAGUAAGAUAGCUUAUCUCAAUGCCGAGCUUGCUGCUGUAGCCGAAAAAAAGAAGAAGAGAGAAGAAAAAGAGAAGAAGAGAGAGGAGGAGAUUGCGGCAGCAAAGGAGGUAGAGAACAAGAGGUAUGCAGUGCUUCAGGCCCAACUAACUUUUCUUUUUGAAUCAGAAAAUAUUCUUCCUCCAUGUCCGGCCAGUAGUGAUGAGAAUGAUAAGUCUGAUAAGGAAAGUGAGGGUGAUGAGAAUGGUAAGUCUGACAAGGAGAGUGAGGGUGAAUAG